AAAAAAAAUUCAACAGGUGGCCUUUCUCUCUCUUCUUUCUCUCUCUAAAAGUGUGGGCAUUCGAUCCGUCUCUCAAUUCAACAGAUGCCCUUCUCUCUCUCCCCACCAUCCUUAGUUCAAAGAUAGCCAAAUUUUCAUCUAUUUCUCUCUAUUCCCUAUUCAUUUUUCCUUUCUUUUCAUCCAUUUCUCUCACUUUUCCGUUCAAAUUUGAUUGUUUUGACCCAUUUCUCUUACUUUUCUGCCCAUUUCUUUGGAUUCCGUGACAGGAAUUCAAAGCCUUUCUCCCCGUAGAAACUUGGGAAUUGGUUGUUUUUAAGAGAAGUUGAAGAAGCAGAUGAUGAUGAUGACAAUGGAGGGAAUGAUGGAUAAGGGCGUGUUGGAAGAUAUCAUAAGGCGGCUUUUGGAUGGAAAAGGAGGCAAACAGGUACAGCUUUCGGAGGCUGAGAUCCGCCACCUCUGCGUCAACGCUCGCCACGUUUUUCUUUCUCAGCCCAAUCUCCUCCAGCUUCAUGCCCCUAUUCGGAUCGCUGGUGAUAUACAUGGACAGUACCAAGACUUAUUGAGGCUAUUUGAAUAUGGUGGAUUCCCUCCUGCUGCAAACUACCUCUUUCUUGGAGAUUAUGUAGAUCGUGGAAAGCAAAGUCUGGAAACAAUAUGUUUGCUUCUGGCUUACAAAAUAAGAUAUCCUGACAACUUUUACCUCUUGAGGGGAAACCAUGAAGAUGCAAAGAUCAAUCGGAUUUAUGGCUUUUAUGAUGAAUGUAAAAGGAGGUUUAAUGUUAGGCUUUGGAAGAUAUUCACCGACUGCUUCAACUGUUUGCCCGUGGCUGCACUCAUUGAUGAAAAGAUACUUUGUAUGCAUGGGGGCCUCUCUCCCGAGUUGCAAAAUUUGAAUCAAAUUAAGGAAAUUCAGAGACCUACUGAUAUUCCAGAUAGCGGUCUCCUUUGUGAUCUGCUUUGGUCUGAUCCUGAUGCUAGAGUUGAUGGUUGGGCAGAUAGUGAUCGAGGUGUUUCUUGUACCUUUGGAGCUGAUAAGGUUGCUGAAUUUUUGGACAAGAAUGAUCUUGAUCUCAUUUGCCGAGGUCAUCAGGUGGUGGAGGAUGGAUAUGAAUUCUUUGCUAAACGACGAUUAGUCACAAUUUUUUCAGCACCAAACUAUGGUGGAGAGUUUGAUAAUGCCGGUGCUCUUUUGAGUGUUGAUAAAGAUCUAGUAUGCUCCUUUGAGAUAAUGAAACCAGUUGAUAAUAAAGCAUCAUCGAGCGGUUCUACUGUACCUAAGUUGAAUCUUAAGAAGCCCAUAAAACCUGGAAAGAUCUGAUACAUGAAAAAGAAGGGUAUUUGAAGAUGUCUUCAGUUGAAAAGGGAAUGAUCAACUUGUGCUAGAGUUUGAAUCAUCUGGUAAUGGAUGGGUUUCAGAACUGAGAAGCUUUCCAGUUCCGAUCAUGACCUAAAUCCUUCAUGAUAUUGAAGCUUGCCAAUGAUUUAGUUGCAGAUGGGAGUUGUUGUAGAAUCUGUAAAUGAACAAAACACAAUGUCUUCUGUGCAGGAAUGGAGAUUUUUGCUUUAGACAAUCUUUGAUUACGUACUGUAUCUGCUAAUUAGCAUUCAAUUUGCCAGUACUGAUUGAGGAUAUGGACCUGCCUUAUGACCUUUGACUGAGUGAGUGUAUUGUAAAUCAGGUGCUCUCUGUUGUUUGUUAUCAAAUACCCAUUGUAUUGUAGUCAAUUAGUUGGUAUUUCUUACUUAACUCUCAAUAUCAGGUUCCAUUUUUAUUCA